CGAUGCGUUGAAUUACCAGGUCCCUCACACUCGUUCUCUUCUGGUUGCCUCCAUGAGGUUUGCCGCAAAUCCUACGCAAAAGAAAUUCUAUCUCCAUUUUUUCUUUAUUUCUACUUUUUCUUUUCCUUUAUACUCCUUUCCUCUCUUUCGUUUUCCCGUCAUAAAGAAUCGUCCUUUUCUCCCUGUCUGUUUCUCCCUCCAAAUUGUUUCUUCCCUCGUCUACUUCUCCUUCCUUUCUCCGUUCCUUAUUUUCUACGGAUUUUGUUUAUAGCUUCCAACUUCCUUUUUUCUGCGGUUCUGCAGUCGUGAUUGAAAUUCUCGUUUUUACAAUAUCUCGAAAUUGCUAAGUUAUCCGGGAUCUUCCUUUUGGUAUCGGCGAGGCCUUCGCCUCGGUCUUGGAGUGCCUCGAGUUCUGAGGAGUUGGGGCCUUCGGAAACUGUGCGGAGUGAUUUAGGCAUCUGAGAACUUCUUUUUUGCUAUUGCUUCUAGCUUCUGGCGAGGUUUCAGUGCUGUUGAGACGUGAGCUGGCAAGCUGAAGGUUUUGUGGUAGUUUUGAUUCUUGUUCGGCUCCUUGCAGAGGGCUCUAUGUUAGGAAUUCUGAAAUGUCUCUCUUGGGAAUUGCUGGUUUUUGACGUCUAGCAGUUCCUUGUUUGGCUUGUCAAUGGGGAAUGGAUCUGUUGUCUUGGUGGAUUGCCUUGGUCUCUAGGAAUCAGGGGUACGAACGUUUGAAGGGCUUUGUUUGGAAGAAUUUGUGGAAAAUUUUUCGUAUAAUGGUGUGCAGGAUCUAAAUAUCGGAGAUUGAUUUAAAUUGGAGUCUUAACAGCGAAAAGUUUCUGGAAACGUAUUCGUUACCUAGAAAUGGUACACUGACUGGGACUGCUGCGCAAAAGUUUCUAAUUGCGAUGGUUGCUUGAACCGUACUUUCAAUGCGGGUAGGUCAUUAAGGACAUCUAUUUCCUGGAAAGGGCGUAACUUGGACUUCCGCUCAAUCAAGUACCGGUAGUUGCUUGAACUGCACUGUGAACGCGGAUAGAUCAUUAAGGACAUUCAUUUGAAUCUUGAGGGUUGUCCUGAGAGGGAUCACCCUUUGCCUUGCUGUGAUUUUGCUGGCUUUUGCAUUUUAAAAUCUAGGAUGUUGGAAACUAGAGUUUGAGAAUUUCAGCGCAGCCGCUCUAGUUAAAAGAUUCACAUCAGUUUAUAGCAGAGUUUAUGUUGGUCUCAACAUUCUGAUUUUGAGUACUGAGAAUGUUGUAGCAAGAGGAGACAUUGUUUCUGUGCGAGGCUGAGAAUCCCUGCGGUUUGUAAGAAAGAAAGAUGAUUGAACAGUUCAUCAAUUUUGUGAUUCGGCCUCCAAGGGCAGAGUACAAUCCAGAUCAAUAUUUAUGGGAAACCGAGUUCACUCUUGGAGGAAGAAAGUUCAAACGUGAAGAUAUUGAGCUCAGAAAUGGAAGAGGCCAUACGUUACAGUGCAGCCACUAUGUUCCUUCACCACGUCCAGAAAAUAUUCCUCUUCCUUGUGUUAUCUACUGCCAUGGGAACAGUGGCUGUAGGGCAGAUGCAAAUGAUGCAGCUGUAAUCCUCCUUCCUUCAAAUAUCACUCUUUUCACUCUUGACUUUUCUGGUUCAGGGUUAUCAGAGGGUGAAUAUGUUAGCCUUGGGUGGCAUGAGAAAGAUGAUUUGAAAGUUGCAGUAUCUUACCUGCGAAGGAAGGAAGAAGUUUCCUGUAUUGGCUUGUGGGGCCGGUCAAUGGGUGCGGUUACAAGCCUUCUCUAUGGAGCAGAUGACCCCACUAUUGCUGGGAUGGUGUUGGACAGUGCUUUCUCUAACUUAUUUGAUCUGAUGAUGGAGCUUGUGGAUGUUUAUAGAAUACGUCUCCCGAAAUUCACGGUCAAAAUGGCUGUUCAAUACAUGAGGCAUAUUAUCCAGAAAAGGGCCAGAUUUGAUAUUAUGGAUCUCAAUGCAUCUCAGACUGCACCCAGAACUUUUAUACCAGCUUUGUUUGCACAUGGAACUGGGGAUGCAUUCAUCCUGCCACAUCAUUCUGACAUCAUUUUCAAGUCCUAUGCAGGAGAUAAAAAUAUCAUCAAAUUUGAGGGUGAUCACAACUCUCCUCGACCACAAUUUUUUUAUGAUUCUGCAUCCAUAUUUUUCUACAAUGUUCUUCAUCCCCCACAAGCUCCUUCAUCAAAAUCAAGUAUGCUUUAUCACAAUUCUGGCGAAGCUGGUGCUGGCAGGAAAGAGUUUGGAUCAGUGAACAUCUCACAGAAUUUGUUACCUGAAAUUCCUUCUGCCCUUCCGAUGGUGGAAUCCAGUGCUGGAAGCUCUUCUUCUGCAGAUGUGUACACUAAAUCAGUUGGUGAGUUGCUUUCCAGUACUGGAGUUUGUCCUCCGAGAACCACCAGCAGGAUUGCUUCAUCUUUUGGAAAAGGAAAUAUGGCUAUUGAGACAGACCGAAACAAUGUAAAUCAGGAACUCCAGUUGCAGGACAAAAGCAGACAAGGCGAAGAAUGCUGCUCCCACUCUAGUUCGAAUUAUGGGAGAUGGGGACGAUGCUCCUCUCUGGGUGCAGUAAACGAUGAGUCCUCUUCUGCAGAUUGCACGAGGGGCACCUGCAGUGGACAUCAGGCUGUUUUAAGGGCGGUUGCAACUCCUCUUCGUAAGUUCCCAGGUAAAUCCGAUUCGCAAACGAAUAAACCGAAAGACUCUUCAACGUCAAAACCAAAGGAGUCUCUUAGUCAGCGGCUGAGGUCAUGCAUAUCCAAACAUGUAAACCCCAGGAGGCAUCUUUCUUCGUGAUCAAAUGAAAAACGUUUUAGGCAAAGCUAAAGGCUGGAGCGGGCAGAGCAUGCAUAGCGUAUGUGGCCACUCCCACUUUUCCCCUGGCGGCAGGAAUUUCUUUGUCAAUUUAGCUACGAUGGUACUGUGGCAUUUCUUGUAUCACGAUUUCUUCUAAAAGGUGUAUGAAAGUUGGUGUUCCCUACUUGAGAACAUUUUCUGUUU